AUCAGGCAUCUAAUAGACAACUUCAACUCUCCGCAAUCCAAACGAUCAACCAUGUUGUGCACGACAUCUGCAUCUCCGCUGCGUGCGGCGGUGCUUUCAAGCAGAGUUCAAUCAGCACCAUUCCAGUUUUCCAGCGCUUUCUCUACAACCUCACGGCCGUUUGCUCGGAAAUUUCCCGUUGAGCGGUCACCCGCUUCCAUCACCGUCCAACCAUGGUGCUCUACGGCGACGUCGUUCUCCUCUUCUGCCAACGUCACGCCAGUCAGAAUCUUGACCAGAUAUGCUUCCUCGUCUUCUACCUCCACCUCUGCGCGAUCAACGUCUUCCGCCUCCACUGAACCUGCUGAGGGCAAGCUCGAUUGGAACACCUUUCUGCACCUGCGCAAGGUCCGUCGGCGGUAUAAUCUUGCUGCAUCUAUCGGAUCGUCAAUUACUACAACGAUUGUCGGCAUGUCGGUCCUCUCUCAGCAGGAUCUAGAUCUCCUCAAUGGGCAAUACUUUGGCCUGGAUCCAUUUGUGAUAUUGGGAUUGGUGACUGCUGGAUUCGGAGCGCUUGGAUGGCUUGCCGGCCCAUUUUUGGGGAAUGCCAUCUUCAAGAUCGCCAAGAGCAAGCAGUCGAAUCAGUUUGCAAUUAAGGAAAAGGAAUUCUACAACCGCAUCAAGCGUUACCGGGUUGAUCCUUCUUCCCAGUCCUUCUCCAACCCGGUGCCGGACUACUACGGUGAAAAGAUUGGCAGCGUUCAGGGUUACCGCCAAUGGCUAAAGGACCAGCGGGCCUACAACAAGAAGAAGCAGUCUUUCUUGUAAACUGGAAGUGCACUUCAAUUCUUGUGAAAUGUUUUGGAGGAUCAAUGGUUUGGUCGGGGUCAGGUGUUGCACCUUGCGUUGAGAGCAGCAGUCAGCAAUUGUUGAAUCAUUUUGAUUUGUCCAAGUUAAUGGCGUUUUUUCCCUCUUGUUUCUUUAUUCAGUUGUUUUAAGCUCUCAUUGUACAAAGAGCAUGAAUCCAUGUAGGAGAGCUUGAUAGGACGAGCAUUUGCGGGGUCGACAAGGGCUUUGAUAGGAGACUCUCGUGGCUCUCAGCAGCGUAGCUUGGCGCCAGAGCGCCUGAAGUGUAAGAAAAGAAUGAUAUUCAAAUUCCACUCCUGC